AUGCAGCUCGUUCCAGUCGGAAAGUUGUCGCCGGCCUGCCCGGAAUGGACGACGUUUGUACGAGUGGUGUAUAUAUCUCAUGCACGGCGUUGGGCUAACAGCAAAGGCGAAGGGCAUGUCCUAUCGGUUGAGUUCGUCGGUGAUGACGGGGAACGCAUUCACGCUUGCGCAUUUAACGAAAAUGCCGAGCCCAUUGCUGCGGUGCUGUCGUUUAAUGGCGUUUUCCGUGUGCGUCAUGUAAGCCUUCGCACCUCCAAACGUGAGUUCUCGGUUGUCCCACGCAAGUUCGAGAUCAUUUUGACGGCACAGACCGAGAUUACGCCUGCGGAUGGCGAAGGUGACAUUGAGGGACCCCCACUCGUUCUCACACAGAUUCGUGAUUUAGCCGCUGCGCACAUUGGGGCCUUGGUCAAUGUUUACGGAGCGCUGACAGAAGUCAGCGAGGUCCAGUACAUUCAAAACCGCAAGGGAAUCGUUCAGCAUAAGCGAGACGUAGUUUUGGCGGACCCAUCGAAUGUAAGUGUCCUGUUGAGCAUUUGGGACGAGUUGGCGGGGGAUCAGUUUGAUCUCAUAUUAUUUGAACCAGUCAUUGCCUACCAGUGCCGGCUAUCUGACUAUAGUGGACGGACGCUAUCCACUGGACGCUCAAGUAUGAUUGCAAUUGACCCACCCCUUGCCCCAGCUGAAGAACUGCGUAGCUGGUUCUUCCAGACUCAUGGAAAAGCAUGUGGUAUCGAAGUUGAAGUAUCCCGUGAAACCCAGACGCUGGUUAAGCGUGAAGUGACGCUCCAAGAUGCCCAUGGCCAAAUAAAGUGUACACUGUGGCAAGAGAAAGAUAAGUCCAUUGGGGAAAAUGCGCUGCGUCAUGUGCUCGCGAUUGAACAUGCCAAGGUCGUUACAAACGAUGGUACAGUGUUGGUACUCGGAUUGAUUCAACAGUGGUUCUGGAUCCCCUAUUUCGCCCGUUACGAGCUGCAAAACCUGCCUGAUAUACAGACCACUGAUGCCGUCAAAGACGAUGAGGAAGAAGCCAAGGAUCAGGAUAUCUACGUGGCUGCCGGUUCCAAGCGAGCGAUGAACACAGCAGGGCUGCCGAAAAUAACAUGA